AUGUGGGCCCACGCCUUUCCCGCCAUCCCGGCUUUGGGGGUCAUUUCUGGAGAACGUGAAAACAGCAGUGGGGACAGGGAUUCCUCCGAGCCGUGGAACCACGAAAUCCCGGCUGACAUCCAGGAGAGAAUCUCCCACCUCAGGACGGUGCCUGCGGACAAAGUGACUGUCUGGAUCGAUCCCCUGGAUGCCAUGCAGGAGUACAGAGAGGGCCUCCUGUCCUACGUGAGCACGAUGGUGUGCGUGGCUGUAGACGGGAAGCCGGUCAUCGGAGUCAUUCACAAACCCUUCUCGGGGUUCACAGGGUACAAAGUGCUCUCCCUCCUGGAACUCGAGCGGGCCGAGCAGCCGGACCAGGCGGACGGCUACGUCCACGUCACCUCCAUCGCCAAGUGGGACGUCUGUGCGGGCCACGCGCUGCUCGCCGCCCUCGGGGGCCGGGUGACCACCCUGUCGGGCCAGGACAUCCAUUAUCGGGACUCGCCGGUCAACAAGGAGGGGCUGAUCGCCAGCGUGGGCCUGGAUCCCCGCGACCUCGUGAGGAAGGUCAGCCGGGCCGCCGGAAGCCGUGGGAGAAACGACGAGGGAAUCCGUGGGGCGCUCCUCGGGGAGUCCGUGGGGCGGGAUCGGAGCGGGAAAAGAAACCGGCGUGGCCGCUGGGAUCUUGAAAGAUAA